ACAAAUGCUCACUCAGUCCUUAAAUUGUGAGACCUAAGAGAUAAAUCCUAGUGAAGUUCCACAAGACCCAAAUGGUCCAUGGGACCACCAGAAGAGUACUAUAAAGCAUUGUUUGAAGAAAUGAAAAACUGGUGAGAGAAGGAUAUGCCAGGAGGUUAGGUUGGAGUUAGAGUCUCUGCUGUUACUUUUUCCCUCCUAUUGGAAAAAAUUAAUCAGAGGUUUAUCAAUUUGCUCUAAUCUUGCCAUCUAAGUAACUAAAGCAAAGCUGAAUGUGCGGCUGGAUCUCUCCAAUUCUUAAAUUAUGAAAUAAAUAUAUUCUCUCUUCCCCACUCUUCCUUAAAGUUGAGGAAAGGACUUUCAACUUAAAGUCAUCUGGAUAGGCAUAGGUAGGGACAAUCACAAGAAGAAAAUGAAUAGAAAAACAUACAAUUGUAAUAACCAAAACCAGUAUGGAAGUAUUGGAGCAGCAGCAGCUCAUCCUUUUUCAUGGCAGCCAUCAACAGUUGUAGGAUCAUCAUCAUCAUUUAGCAGCAGAGCAACUUCUAGCAUGGAUCCAUUUCUGGGUCAAUCUAACUUCUCAGCCAACCUACACACAGACUCAAUUUCUUUGAUGAGCAUGAAAAGUCAGAAUAGUAAUCCUUUCUUUUUUCAUCAGUUGCAGCAACCACCUGAGUCACCUCCUCUAAGAGAGGCUCUGCCAUUGCUUCCUCGCCUCAGCCCACACAGAGAAGAUGAAGAAGAAGAGAAAUUGAGAUCAGAUCCAGAGGAAUUGAGUGAAAAUGUUACAGUGGCCUUGCAUAUAGGCCCUCCUAACAGUUCAUGCUGUGAGAAGCCUAAAUUAAAGAGCACCCAUGAUGCAGAGGAGGACUGUAGAUCCAGAUCAUCAGUUUCAGAAGGCGGCGGCCAUGAGUACUGGAUACCCACUGCAUCACAGAUUCUGCUUGGACCCACACAGUUCUCUUGUCCAGUCUGUACCAAGACCUUCAAUCGCUAUAACAACAUGCAGAUGCAUAUGUGGGGACAUGGAUCACAGUACAGGAAAGGGCCAGAAUCACUGAGGGGCACACAACCUGCUGCAAUGCUGAGACUUCCAUGCUACUGCUGUGCAGAGGGAUGCAGGAACAACAUUCACCAUCCCCGUGCAAAACCAUUGAAGGACUUCCGCACAUUGCAGACACACUACAAGAGGAAGCAUGGCACCAAACCUUUCAUGUGCUCCAAAUGUAGCAAAGCAUUUGCUGUGAGAGGGGACUGGAGAACCCAUGAGAAGAAUUGUGGGAAGCUUUGGUAUUGCAGCUGUGGAUCAGAUUUCAAGCACAAGCGUUCAUUGAAAGAUCACAUCAGGGCCUUUGGCGCUGGCCAUGUUCCUGUAACACCAGAUAAUUCUAACUUAGAAGACGAGGAGGAUGAUUUGGAUUUGGGAUCUGAAGAUGAAGAAGUCAUCUCUCUUGGAUUCCAUUAACAUACAAGUCAUUUUUUCACUUUCAAGGGCCAAGGUUUUGUUUUUCAUCAUCAUAUCCUUUUUGAACUCUUUAGAAACUGUUAGAUUUCUUAACUUCUCUUUAUCUAAAUUUUACACCAGACCCAUUGAUCGGCCCUGGUCAUUUGUGGAUAGUAUUACUUCUUUUUACUUUUUAUUUAAUCUUUCAACUUCCCACGUCUUCAUGGUCCAGAGCUUUCUCUCCCACUUAAGGUUGGCGGAGUGCCUAAAAGCCUCGACUGGAGGAGUCAAGAUAAAACAAAUAGCUGUUUUUUUUAAUUUUUCCCUGAAAAAGUUUAAACUCAUGUUUGGUGACUGCAUGUUUCAGUGCAAGACUGUAAAGGGCAUUUUUCUAUAUUUCAGGGGAAGAUGGUAACAGUGCAUAUUAGCUUAACACUGAUGUAUUGAUUCUCCUGUGAAAAAGACUAGUUGUAACUUCCAUUCCACUCAAUAACAGUAGUGGGUCUCAUGAAA